ACACAUACAUACAUACAUACAUACAUACAUACAUAUUCAGGCAUUUCUUAAAGGGUAUACUGUAUGAUUAUAAAGUAAAACUUCCCCUUUUUCUGCCACUUUAGUCCAAAUUGUCACAUUUUCUGCUUUCACUGUAUAUUUUCUGGCUCCUAUUUAUAAUAUCCAACCAUAAAAGUAACCAAUGUUUUUGAGUUAACGUACGAGAGCUCUUCUAGCAAACAGAGAGCCGCUUUUUUGCCUAUAAGACCUAUAAGAUAGUCUUAUAAUUUGGUAUAAGUAGAAUAUGCUCUGUGAAUUGAUGUAUGGCAAGAAAGUUUAAUAUUAUUUCAAGCUCUGCUCCAGUUAAUGGAAGCAUCAAAAGGUAGCAUACCCUCUCUUUAAACUGUUUGUUUUACUGAUGCAGUUUGAGAUUGGAAAAAGAGAGUGUAUGAACUUCUUUCUCACUCCACUGUGAGAAAGAUCAAGGCACCAGAAGUAGAUUGUUGUAAAUACUUAAUAAGCAACUGUGAUAUGCAUCUUGAUGUAGUGUUUAGAAACAGCCAGUAGAAUACAUUGUGUAGCUUCAUGUAACUUCAUGUAUCUAUUUUUUACAGAGCUGUGUAGGCAGAAAAUAUUCAAACUGUUGGAUGUUUGAUCUAGCAUAAGGAACGGCUGGUGUGUAGUCUUGUAGAAGAAGUCCAUAUGAUCUCACAGUAGGUUUCUCUUUUUACCCACCCAGCCCUCAAAGCACCCUCCCAAUAUUUCCAUAUGGUGUGUCACUUCACAACAUGUGUCCAUGCUGACACUUUACACGUGUACUUCACCCCUGUAGGAUAUACCUUCACAGUAGGGGCACCGGUCUGGCUGCUGUAUUGGAAUUUUUGGAAAUUGUUUGACUCCAGUGAAAAGACUCAGACCAGAUGGACAUCAUGUUCAAAGCUUCCUCUCUGCUACUGCUGACCCUGGUCCUAAAUGUUCAGCUAUGCUCAUCAGCACCUAUAUCUGCCAAAGUUGUUCAGUUGUCUGCUGUUGCCGAAGAACCGGGUCCAGAGGAACUUGCACCAGUAACUGAAGACCACAGUCACUUUAUAGAGGAGAAAGAAUCAAUUCAGGAGAAACUCAUUCCAAUUGUUGCAGGAGAAGCAGCUCCAUCUCCUGAGGAAUCACCUGCUGAAGAAGACAUGUCAAUUAUUGCAACAGAACCAGAAUCGGUUUUCAUCGGAGAUCAGGUCUCUGAUGAUGCUGAUGAAGCUGUAUCUCAGGAAUCAGCACCUCAGGAGCCUUUGGCUGCAGCUCCACAGGAAUCUUCAGAGGAGGAAACUAUCCCUGUAGCAGCUUCCUUUGCAGAGGCAUCUCCAGAUGAAACUACAGAAGAAGUUGCCCCAGCUGUUGCUGUAGAGAGAGAGUCUCAAGAACAGCAUUAUGUGGAGGAUCCAGCUCCAGAAGCAUCGAUCCCAGCCAUUCCUUUAGAAGCUUCAGAAGAUGAAGCUCCAGAGGAAAAUGCAAAAGAAGAAACUGCUGUUGUUGUAGAGAAUGCUGUAGAAAAUGAAUCCCCAGAACGGCAUUGUCUGGAGGAUCCAGCUCUUGCAGAGGAAACAGCACCAGAGGAGUUAGCCCCAGAAGAAACUGCUGUUAUCAUUCCUGUGGAACCUGCUGAACCAGAGCUGGAUCAAGAGGAACAAGAGGAAACAGUCCCUAUCAUUUCUUCAGAAACAAAAGAAAAGGAAGGUCCAGAGGAACCUGCGAAAGAAGAUGAAGCACUUUCCACAGUAGUCCUGGAAGAACAUGCUAAAAUGGACCCUGCUACUAAUGAAGAACCUCUUCCCAGUACAUUAGAAGAAGAGGUAUGUGUUACCCUUGUCCCUACAGAACUUGAGACAGAGGAGGCAGGUCAAGGGGAACCUGCUGCAGAGGAAACAGCACCAGAGGAGUCAGCCCCAGAAGAACCUGCUGAACAGGAGCUGGAUCAAGAAGAACAAGAGGAAACAGUCCCUAUCAUUUCUUCAGAAACAAAAGAAGAGGAAGCUCCAGAGGAACAUGCGAAAGAAGAAGCAGUUGCCCCAGUAGUCCUGGAAGAACAUGCUAAAGAAGAGGAAGAGGAAUCUAUUGUCCUUGUCCAUGCAGAACUUGACACAGAAGAAGAAGAUCAAGAGGAAGCGGCUGCAGAGGAAACAGCACCAGCCCCAGAAAAACCUGCUGUCACUGUUCUUGUGGAACCUAAUAGUGAGGAACCAGCUCCAGAAGACCCAAUCCACAUCAUUCGCCUGGAAGAUCUAGAUGAGGAUGCUCCAGAGAUCUUACCUGAAGCCCCAGUUGAAUCUGUCACAGCUCCUGCCCCAGCUGUCACUGAUGCAGAGGCAGAAAUUGUUCCUGCUCCUGUGGAAGGUGGUAAUGGCACCAGCAUCAAGACACACAGUGAAGAUUUUACUGCUGCAGUUAUAUUGAUAGAAGAUGAACCUGUAGCUCUAGUGAACAGAGGGACAGUGCUUGGUGCGGCAUUCUUCACACUGAUGUCUUUUAUCACUAUCGGAUUUGUUGGGACGACUGUAUCCAGGAAACUGCGCUGAAUGUAAGACACUAAAGUAAAGAUCAAUUGAUAUAUGGAAUAGCUGUUUGAUGACAUAUGGAGCCACUGAAGCACUAAGAAGAACGAGUUUCUCUGCAUUGGAUCUUUGUUUAAGUUCACUGAAGGAAAUUCUCCAGUUUCUCCAAAGUUUGGACAGCCAGAAAGCCACUAUAAUAAUGGAAACCAGUGUUUGGGGAGGUAUUACAUUCUUCUACUUCAGUAAAAGCAGCGAUACCGCAAUAUAAAAAUACUCGUAGAAGUCCUAUUCAUAUUUUACUUACAGGUUCAGUGUGUAAGAUUUAGGGGGCUCUAUUUUAUAUUAUUUAUAAGUAUGUUUUCAUUAGUGUAUAAUCAGAAAAUAAGAAUCAUUGUGUUUUCAUUACCUUAGAAUAAGCCCUUUUUAUGUACAGAGGGAGCUGGUCCCCUUCCACGGAGGUCGCCAUGUUACACUGCCAUGUUUCUACAGUAGCUCAGAACGGACAAACCAAACACUGGCUCUAGAUAGGGCCUUUCGCCUUUUCCCGAGUUUCACGACCAUCGUAGUUUCUCUUACGCGCUUGGAAGGGGAGGGUGAGGCGAGCGGUAUUGAAAUGGUUGCUAACUACAAUUUCACCGCUAAAUGCUACUAAAUCCUACACACUAGACCUUUAAGUAGAAAUAUGUUAGUAUCAUCAGCAAAAUAUGCUUUAGGUAUCAAAGUAGAAAAGGUUUCAGUCGUAGUCAUCUGGACAAU